UACAUAUUCUUCCUCUUCCACCGUGUUUGUCAAAUCACAAACUUCCCACUUUUCGCCCCAAUUUCGGUCAUGGGGUCCCAACCGAGCCCAGAUGACCUAAUCACCCACCUCAAACACGUUCUCGUCGAGCUGAACGCCCAUCCAUACCCCAACAUCCCCAACCCUCCAGAGACUCCAAAGCGUGCCUCCGUAGCUCUGAUCCUCCGCGUCCAGCCAAACUACUCGCACUGGCCCGUUUCCUCUGAUCAGCCCUCAGACCUGCAAUCCGAACAACACCGUCACUCGUCUCCUGCUUCAGACGCAGCCCCCAAGCCCUCCGUCAAAGACACCCUCGAUACCUUCUUCGACCAAGACUGGGUCAAGCACGGCGACCCAGAACUCCUCUUCAUAAAGCGCGCCGCUCGCGAAGGCGAUAAAUGGAACGGGCACGUCGCCUUGCCGGGCGGGAAACGUGAUCCAGAAGAUGCAUCGGACCAAGACACAGCGGCCCGCGAAGCCCUCGAAGAAGUAGGCAUAGACCUAAACGUUCACAAUGCCAUUCCCGUAGGAAACCUCCCACAGCGGGUCGUCACAACGAGUUGGGGCAAAGUGCCGCUCAUGGUUCUCUGUCCGUACUUGUACCUCUUGACUGCGCCCGCGUACCCGUCUCAGCGCCUCCAGCCCACCGAAGUGGCUUCGACGCAUUGGGUCCCGCUACGUGCGCUGCAAGCUCCAGGGCUCCGCACGCAUGAGCAUGCCGAUGUCUCGGCGCGUCUGGCGCGCUCGGAACUCGGUAUCAAGCGCUGGUUCCUGCAGGGCAUGCUGUCCAAGAUGAUGUUCGCCGCCAUUCGCCUGGUCCCCGCGAAUUCAACUUACUGUGCCACGAUCCCGGGGUUUGUGCCUGAGGAGGUAGACAGUCCCGCUGCGAAGACACAACCGCCGCCGUUGCUGCUGUGGGGUCUUACUCUGGGUGUGGUUUCGGAUUUGCUUGAACAUCUGCCUCCGCAUAAUGCCCUCGAGCUGUGGACAUAUCCAACUUUCACCCACUACGAUGUCAGGGCCAUCAUGUGGGCAUUAUCAUACCGCUUCCGCAAGCAGAAAGCGCGCGAGUUGAGCACGGCUGUCGAGGACACCACGACGGCGGGCACCGAACAGGAGGUCACUGAUUUACCUGUUGCGCCAGAAGAGGAUCUUGAGAAGGGUAAAGAAGGGUAUAAGCCCGGUGAAGUUGGCAUCGCGGGAUUAGGAUUGGGAAGGCACUGGGGACGCACUGGUCGUGUCAAGAUGAUGGCUCGAGGCGCUGCUGUGAAUUCACUGCUAGAAGGGUACUAUCCCAUUGUCAGAAAAGCCGUGGCAUUGGCGCUAGUGGGGCGUGUGACGGCUAUCGCGGUGCUCGCCGCAUGGGCUUUCAGAUUCUAUCACAGGAGACGGGUGCAAUAG